AUGAGAAACGACUAUGCAGAUUUAAAGAAAGAAGCAGAAAAGCCAGCAGAAGAUAAAAUGGACAUGUUAGAAUUUCUGAACAAAAACUAUCCAACAGCAGAAGAUUUCCUUCUAUCUGACGUCAAGAAGAAAUAUAAAGAGACUUUCGGCAUUGUUAAAACAUUCGAUAUCCUCAGCGAAGAAAUAGAAGCUACAAAACUGUUUAGAGUCAUGAACCAUCGCAACAUAUACCAUGUAAAACGCUUGUAA